AUCACUAACAAACUCAAACCAUCUCAGCUUCUCUCUCUCUCCGAAAAAGAAAAAACAAACAAACAAACAAACACAAAGGUUAAAAAUGGCUUCUCUUGUAUCAACCCAUUUCAUUCUACAACUUGUCUUUGUUGUCUCUCUCUUCCAUGUCUCCUUUGCCUCAAGAAAGCUCACUGAGCUGGUUCAAGAUCAGACUAAUCUCCUUCAAUACCACCACGGCCCUCUUCUGUCUGGCAAAAUCUCAAUCAAUCUCAUUUGGUACGGCAAAUUCAAUCCCACCCAACGAGCCUUAAUCUCUGAUUUCGUCACAUCCCUGUCUUUUUCGCCACCUCAAACCCAACCAUCGGUUGCCACCUGGUGGAAGACUACCCAAAACUACUACCACCUCGCUAACUCCAAGAAACCCUCCUCUCUUUCACUCUCUUUGGGCAAACAAAUACUCGAUGAGAACUGCUCGCUCGGAAAGUCGCUCACAGAGAAACAGAUCAAACAGCUGGCAUCCAAGGCCGAUCAAAUCCACACCGUCAACGUUGUUUUGACUGCCUCCGAUGUCACCGUCGAUGGGUUCUGUAUGAGUCGGUGUGGGACCCAUGGGUCUGCCAAAACUUCCCAGAUUAAGGGCAGGAAUUACAAGUUCCCCUACAUCUGGGUCGGAAACUCGGUGACUCAGUGCCCGGGUCAAUGCGCCUGGCCAUUCCACCAGCCCAUGUACGGACCACAGACUCCACCCCUGGUAGCACCCAACAACGAUGUGGGCCUAGAUGGAAUGCUCAUCAACCUGGCUAGCCUCUUGGCUGGGACAGUCACGAACCCAUUUGGAAAUGGGUACUACCAGGGUUCGGCAGGUGCACCGCUCGAAGCUGCCUCGGCUUGUCCUGGUGUUUAUGGCAAGGGGGCCUACCCGGGUUACCCUGGGGACCUCUUGGUGGACCCCACAACGGGUGCUAGUUACAAUGCGAAUGGUGCUAAUGGGAGGAAGUACUUGCUUCCUGCUUUGUAUGAUCCUGCUACGUCCUCUUGUUCCACUUUAAAGUGAUAAAAAAUUAGAAGCUGGAGAUAGAUUUUAGUUGAGAUGUAAAAUACCCACUGUAAAGGUUUAUAAAGAACUACAUUACUAGUUCGUUCAUUCAUUUAUUUCUUUCUGGUUUCAUGAUGAAUAAUAUACGAGCAAAUUACAUUAGUUUGGAAUUUUCUA